AAGCUAGUGUAUUUUUAGAUUGUAGACACAGAAUUAGAUAAAACUGUAAUUUCUAGUACAAUGGUUUAUUGUGUUUCAGACGUAAAGAACAAGGAACAAGGUGUUGAGAAUCUCCUAAUUAAUAAUGUAACUACUGAAGUGCCGGACACGGGAUCUGAUGAUGACGUCAUAGAAGUAGUACGAGACGAUGCUCCAAUUGAAAUACUUUCAGACGGAGAAGAGUUAGAGUUGGAAAAGACUAAGCAAGCACUCAAUAAUACAAUGCAAAAUAUGGACUUUCUAUCACAACCUGCUAACCCAAAUGUUAGCGGAUCAAACACAGACGAAUCUAAUACUGAAAUAGAUGUGAAUAGAAUCGAUGAAGAUCAAGUCCCCCACCCAAUAACACAUAUUGAAAUAACAAGUAAUUCUAUUCCACACUGUGAGCCUGUAAUACAAUUAGAAAUGCCAAUAUUCGAAACAACUAUAGAUAUCAUUUCUGGGGAAAAAUUAAGUGAUAAUAGUUUCGAUGAUAAUGAUGAGGAAAAUGUCUACGUUAAUGUGACAGACGAUGUAAAUGUUGAUGAACCUAUACAGACUGAACUUAAUCAAGAAGAAGUAAAUGUCGACAAAACUAAUGAUACUACUGCUACUGAUCCUAUUGCAAGUAAUGAAAAUAAUUGUAAUUCUGUUGAUAGCAAUAAAACUGAUGUUCCUAACAACGAGCCGAAUGAAACUUUGAACGAUAAUGAUAAUUUACAAUCUAAUUAAGUAAAUGCUAAUUCUAUUUUUUUAAUAAUCGAUAAUGUUGCGUGUUAAUUCUAUAUUAGUAUUAUUUUAAAGUAGGAAAUAAUUUUGUUAGCUUCGCUUUUUAAGAAAAGCGGAUCCUGUAGAAUAAUUUGUUAAGCAAGUCGUUUAAGAUCAUGUUAUGUGUGGUGAUAAUUAUUAGGAAUAUGUGAAACAAUCCCUUCCUGACUGGGUGCAUUCAAGAUUCUAGAUUUACCUCUAAUACUGACGAUAGAUAGAGCACUAAUGUUUAUUAUAUUGCUAGUUCAUUGUUGCAGUGCUGUUGAAUUUUAAUACACAGAAAAAUAUGAAAAAUAGAUUUAUACAUAUAUCAAAAUAACACCAAUAUUAUUAGAACAAAUAAUUUUUAUAACAAUGUACAGACAAAAUAGUAACAUAAUGAUAACAUAUAAGCAAUUGUGUGCUCUUAUUGACAAUUUUAUUAGCGAAUAGAUAAUUUCGUUUAUCUGAAUAUAUGGUACUUAAUUAACAAA